GACGCGCCGGGAGCUGGAAAAGUCGCACGCAGCAGCCCAACCCUGAGUUAAUCAAACUAGCAACAGGAUCUCAAGCAGCAGCGACGGCGGUGGCAAGAGUAGCGGUGGCGGCGGCGGCGGCGGCAGCAUUAUGCGUGAUUACUGACAGGCACCAGCUGCUGCCGCCACAGCCGUCUCAAACGCACUAUGUGGACUCUCCGAUCUAGAGGCAGAUUCCUGACUAAUCCCAGAGGGCUGGCCCAGCCUGUGCUCCCCGGGCUGCUAGGAAGCGAUGACCACUCUUGUUAACCCAAGUUGAAGAAAGCCAGGCUGUGCCUGGGAGCCGGGAGAGGCUGUACUCUUUAGAAGCCGCACAGGAGAGGAACAUGAACUGAAGAGUAAACAUGUAUGGAAAUUAUUCUCACUUCAUGAAGUUUCCCGCAGGCUAUGGAGGCUCCCCUGGCCACACUGGCUCUACAUCCAUGAGCCCAUCAGCAGCCUUGUCCACAGGGAAGCCAAUGGACAGCCACCCCAGCUACACGGACACCCCAGUGAGUGCCCCACGGACUGUGAGUGCAGUGGGGACCCCCCUCAAUGCCCUGGGCUCUCCGUAUCGAGUCAUCACCUCUGCCAUGGGCCCACCCUCAGGAGCACUGGCAGCACCUCCAGGAAUCAACCUGGUUGCCCCACCCAGCUCUCAGCUAAAUGUGGUCAACAGCGUCAGCAGUUCAGAGGACAUCAAGCCCUUACCAGGGCUUCCCGGGAUUGGAAACAUGAACUACCCAUCCACCAGCCCCGGAUCUCUGGUUAAACACAUCUGUGCCAUCUGUGGAGACAGAUCCUCAGGAAAGCACUAUGGGGUGUACAGUUGUGAAGGCUGCAAAGGGUUCUUCAAGAGGACGAUAAGGAAGGACCUCAUCUACACGUGUCGGGAUAAUAAAGACUGUCUCAUUGACAAGCGUCAGCGCAACCGCUGCCAGUACUGUCGCUAUCAGAAGUGCCUUGUCAUGGGCAUGAAGAGGGAAGCUGUGCAAGAAGAAAGACAGAGGAGCCGGGAGCGAGCUGAGAGUGAGGCAGAAUGUGCCAGUAGUGGUCAUGAAGACAUGCCUGUGGAGAGGAUUCUAGAAGCUGAACUUGCUGUUGAACCAAAGACAGAAUCCUAUGGUGACAUGAACAUGGAGAACUCGACAAAUGACCCUGUUACCAACAUAUGUCAUGCUGCUGACAAGCAGCUUUUCACCCUCGUUGAAUGGGCCAAGCGUAUUCCCCACUUCUCUGACCUCACCUUGGAGGACCAGGUCAUUUUGCUUCGGGCAGGGUGGAAUGAAUUGCUGAUUGCCUCUUUCUCCCACCGCUCAGUUUCCGUGCAGGAUGGCAUCCUUCUGGCCACGGGUUUACAUGUCCACCGGAGCAGUGCCCAUAGUGCUGGGGUCGGCUCCAUCUUUGACAGAGUUCUAACUGAGCUGGUUUCCAAAAUGAAAGACAUGCAGAUGGACAAGUCGGAGCUGGGGUGCCUGCGAGCCAUUGUGCUCUUUAACCCAGAUGCCAAGGGCCUGUCCAACCCCUCUGAGGUGGAGACUCUGCGAGAGAAGGUUUAUGCCACCCUCGAGGCCUACACCAAGCAGAAGUAUCCGGAACAGCCAGGCAGGUUUGCCAAGCUGCUGCUGCGCCUCCCAGCUCUGCGCUCCAUUGGCUUGAAAUGUCUGGAGCACCUCUUCUUCUUCAAGCUCAUCGGGGACACCCCCAUUGACACCUUCCUCAUGGAGAUGUUGGAGACCCCGUUGCAGAUCACCUGAGCCCUACCAGCCACAGCCUCCCCACCCAGGAUGACCCCCGGGCAGGUGUGUGUGGACCCCCACCCUGCACUUUCCUCCACCUCCCACCCUGACCCCCUUCCUGUCCCAAAAUGUGAUGCUUAUAAUAAAGAAAACCUUUCUACACAUGAGACUUUUAUAGGUGGACUUUUGUAUAGAUGUUAAAGGUAAUAUGCUUUGCUGUCUACAGGGCUGCGGGACUUUCUGGAAGUUCUUGGGAAAACUAACCAAGCCUCUGUACAUACAAUUGGUUUAAAUUAUUUUUUCAUUUGCCCUGGAAAGCAAACAAAUGAGUAAUAAAAUAAUAUAUGUGAAAUUGGCA